UCGACCACCUUGCAAUCGUCACCAUGAAGGGACUUCUUCUUGCGCUCGCUGUGCUGAUUCCCAGCUGUUUUGGUUCACUCAUCAUUGGUGGCCAUGAGUCUACCCCACACAGCCGACCCUACCAGGCAGCCAUCAUGAUGUCAUCUAAAAAACAAUUCUGUGCUGGCACUUUAGUUCAUCCCAGUUGGGUUGUCAGCGUUGCACACUGCGCCCUUUACGGAGAUGGUUCCAAAGACUACGUUGGCCUCGGGUAUCAUAACAUUUAUCAACACGAUGGUCCGAACCAGCAGUUCAUCCGGGGUACUUGGACUGUACACAGCCAAUAUGAUUUCAACUCAAUGGAUAAUGACAUCGCCUUGCUUCAUCUGCACACACCCGCCUCUAUCAACAGCGACGUCCAAGCUAUCGGCAUCGCUUCAAGCGAGCCAAAGACGGGAUUGGAAAUGCUCGUUAGUGGCUGGGGAAGCAUUGACCCAAUCGACUGGGUACGUCCAGAUGUGCUGCAAGAGGUGACUCUUUUUAAGGACAGUGACGAAGAGUGUAAAAUAGCAUACCGAAGCUCGGUUAUCAGUGAUAACAUGUUCUGCGCUAGUGCUCCAGGAGAAAUUAAAGACUCUUGCAGGGGUGACAGCGGUGGACCAGUCGUCAGUAACUUCGCACCCGACUCCCACCAUGAUGGUGUACUGCUCGACGGUAUUAUUAGCUGGGGUAGGAGCUGCGCACAGGUCGGGCAACCUGGAGUCUACACCAAGAUAUCAAACUAUUGUGACUGGAUAAACCAGAAAACCAGUGGCGAAGUCAAAUGUGUGUAAAACGUAAAUCUACUGCAGUGUCUAAUAAAGCCUGGCAUUCAACGAUUGAUUAUUUCUGGCGAUUUAUGUUGUACGCUCUAAAACCCUCCCGGGUCACACUUUACCCGCAAUCCGGCUACAAGUUUACUCUCUGUGUCUUUUCUGUCUCGGGCUGACGUGCAGAGUGGUUUAUAAAAAUUGAGCUUUAAAAAAACCAAACACAAUUUUAUGUAAAGCAUCAGUUUGAGACUUUGUACAAUGUGUCACAGAGCCUGAACACAGUUCAAAGAGAAUCAUUGAAUUUGCUACAACCAGAAAAGAAGAAGACAAGAAAUCCAAAUAACUAUGCAUGUUGUCACGUAUAGCGUCCUCGAACGAAUGUAGCCUCUUCAAAUUACCCUAAUGUUUUGUUUAACCUGUUAUACUCUUGAACAACUAAACAGGUAAAAAGUGCGAUGAAACUAUUUGUUUGUUACGGUGCGUUAUGAUUGUUAGUUUUUUGAUCUUUUUAAAAC